AUGCGUUGGCCGAGUGCUGCAGCUGUUAGAUGGUUGCUGUUGAUGCUCCUAUGGCAGUGGACAGUGCUGGGCCACCUCGGCUGGGUUCUGGCCCUGGCUGAGGGGCAGCAGAGUAAGAACCCCUCACUCACUGCUGCCAGCACUGGACGCCAGAGUGGCGGCCAACUGGAUUGGCUGCUGUCCGAGAAGGGACCUUUCCACCGUUGUCCUGAAUACACAGAGUUCAAAGAACGCUUCCAGCAAGGUUUCUCCACACGCUAUAAGAUCUACAGGGAAUUCAGCCAUUGGAAAGUGAACAGCUUGGCUACAGAGAAGAGGGACGUUUUUAAGGCCCCCUUGCCACUGGCGCCGGAGUUUCUACGCAACCUGAGGUUGCUGGGUCGAAGACCAAGUCUGCAGCAGAUCCACGAGAACUUGAUCAAGAAAUAUGGAACUCACUUUUUGGUGUCUGCUACGCUAGGAGGAGAAGAAUCGUUGACAAUCUUCCUGGAUAAGCAGAAGCUCAGUAAGAAAUCGGAGGGACAGGGAAACAACUCUGUGGUCUCCCUGGAAGUAUUGCAUCAGUUGGCUGCCUCUUAUUUCACAGACCGCGAGAGCACCUUGAGACGACUUCACCACCUACAGAUAGCCACCUCCGCCAUAAAGGUAACAGAAACUAGGACCGGGCCCCUUGGAUGCAGUAACUAUGACAGCCUUGAUUCUGUUAGCUCUGUCUUGGUACACAGUCCUGAAAAUAAAAUACAUCUAAAAGGUUUACAGGAUGUCCUUCCAGAAUUCCUCCGGAACCGUUUUGUGGAGGCUGCUCUCAGCUACGUGGCAUGCAACUCUGAGGGGGAGCUUUUGUGUCGUAACAAUGACUGCUGGUGCCGCUGCUCUGCCAAGUUCCCAGAUUGUAACUGCCCCUUUGCUGAUAUUAAAGUCAUGGAGGAAAAUCUGCACAAAAGCAAGGAAUCCUGGACCAACUUCAACACCGAAUUCAUGGAAUCAGACGAAUUCAAGGCCUUCAUGAAAAAACUACCAACAGACCGUUUUUUAAACACAUCCUUGGUAUUCAAGUUUUGGGCAGCAGAUGCAGCUCUCCAGAGGCGCUACAUCCAAUUGGAGAGCAGCACCAAUUUGAUUCUUGGGAAAGCCCAGAAGAUUGUGAGGAAACUCUUCUCUCUGAGCAAGCGAUGUCCCAAACUGCCAAGGAUCAGCCUCCCAAGAGAAAGGACACCAGGAUAUUGGCUGAACAGGGCCCAGUCACUCCUGUACUGCAAUGAGCAUGGAGUCCUGGGCACGUUUUCAGAGGAGGUGCUGAGCUGCACCUGCACUGCAGAGCACAGUAGUGCCUGCCAGGGGACAGUACCCUGUGUGGUCGGAGAGGGGUCAUCCUGCCUCUCAUGUGCCCCAGACAACAUCACACGCUGUGGCUCCUGCCACCUUGGCAACAUCCUGCACCUGGGCUCUUGUCGGCCCAACAUAGCAAACUCUCUGGACCACUACCUGAACAUUGACUUUGACAUGCCGGAUGCAGAGUUCAAGUACCUGCUCCAGCGGCUGGACAGUCGCAUGGAAGUCCAUGCCAUCUACAUCAGCAAUGACGUGCGUCUGGGCAGCUGGUUCAACCCAGCCUGGAGGAAACGCAUGCUUCUCACUCUAAAGAGCAACAAAAACAAAUCCAACCUCAUUCAUAUGCUAAUGGGAAUCUCAUUCCAGAUCUGCUCUACUAAAAACAGUACCCUGGAGCCUGUGCCUGCCAUCUAUGUCAACCCAUUUGGGGGUAGCCACUCAGAGAGUUGGUUCAUGCCUGUCAGCCAGCAGGACUUCCCAGACUGGGAAAGAACUAAGGUGGAUGCCUCUCUGCAGUGCUACAACUGGACAUUGAUGCUGGGCACCAAGUGGAAGUCCUUCUUCGAGACGGUGCACAUUUACCUGCGCAGCCGCAUCCUGACCGAUGACCCCACCGUCAACGAGACCCUUUUCUACGAGCCCCUGGACUUGGACGACCACACGUCCAACCUGGGCUACAUGAAGAUCAACAGUCUCAAGGUGUUCGGCUACAGCAUGCACUUUGACCCCGAGGGCAUCAAAGACCUGAUUCUGCAGUUGGACUACCCUUACACGCAAGGCACCCAGGACGCAGCCUUUCAUAUGCUGCUGGAGAUGAGAGACCGCAUCAACCGGCUCUCCCCGCCUGGAUUGCAGCCAUUGGACCUCUUUUCAUGUCUGCUCCGCCACAGGCUCAAGCUCUCCACUAGUGAGGUGGUGCGCAUCCGAGACUCCCUCCAGAUUUUCAACUCCAAGCUGCCCAAUUCCUCAGAGGCAGAGCUGGGCCAGUUGUGCAGCUAG